GGAAGGAAAGACAAAAAAGGGGGAAAAAGGUAGGGUUGCGGGUGUGUUUCACUCCUUCCCUUGCAGUAUGCCAUGGGUGUGUGUUUCUUGCAUCUGCAAAGUAUAGGUUCUCUCCAUCUUCUACAAAAGAUAAGAAAGAGAAAGACAAAAAGAUGAAGUCACGUCGUGGUGGACUGGCUCCCUGCAAUGUAUGGCAUUCAUACUGUAAAACUAAUCCUAAAAAUCUUCAAUUUAAGUAAUUUCAACUGUAAAACUCAUGAUACAGGUGAAUAGUAUUAUAUCAACUAAUAUUCACACAAUUAAAUCAACAAAACAGAGGACUCUACUCACUCCUGUUACUCUUAACUCAGUGUUAUUUUUCAUAUAAGUAACAGGACUGAAAGUAACAGGAUUGAGUUUUUAAGCAAAAAUGAUGAAAUACAUGACGUAUGGCCACAUGGAGUACAUGCUAAUAGGAUGAGGACACUGAGCAAAUUCUAGUGACUUACCUAAAGUUAAUAUUUUUAAAAUAAACAAAUAACAUCAAAGAAAUAAUUUAGGUAACAGGACAGUACGUUGAGAUUGACCUUCUCAGUCAUAGUUACAAUUUCAUCAAAUAUACAGAAAUUAAAAUGAGAGAACUUCUUAUGGCCUGCAUAAGAUCCAGAUGAUGCAACUUCCUGAUGAAAAUGUGUCUUGUGGAAUGUUCCAAGUUUUUUAGAGGGGGAAAUGUGUAAGGGUAACAGGACUAAGUGAAAACCUGGGGACACGACUAAAAUGUGUAUUUUAUAUAACAUAUUAUAGAUUUCUUAUGAUUUUUUUUUUUUUGUUUAGCAUAGAUGGUAUAUGGAGUAACACAACAAUUCAAAAAUAAUAAGAUUUCUGAAAGAUUUUAAUGAUUAUAUUUCAUGAUAAAGUUUAGAUUUAGAUAGCGGGGACAUGUAACAAAUGCUAUUUUUUAGUAUUCUCAGUAGUUUUUAAUAAUGUUUUAAAUUAUAUAUUUUAAAUUUGCAGUUAGAGUAAUGUUCAGGACAUUUUGCUUAAUAAUAAAAUAUAUUUUAGAGUUCAUUUUCAUGCAUAUUUAUACAUAAAAUGUCCUGGGGACAGAAAUGGCACCGAUUCGGUGGAAUGGCCCGUUUACUGUUAGCUGCUCUCACAGUGGCAAAAAAAAAAAAAAAAAAAAAAAAAAAAUUUAGUCAACCGUUGGAAUCCACCUCACACAAUGGACAGACGAAUGUGGACAGUGUCUUUGUUGGACAUUAUUUUAAUGGAACUCUCAACUUCUCGUAUGCAUGGAUCCAAUGUUAAGACUGCAUUUAUGGAUUGCUGCUUUUUAUUAACAUCUUUUUUAACAACUUUGUAAAUCUGAUUUUUUUUUUAUUUAUUAUUUUAUUUAUUAUUUUUUAUUUAUUUAAUUUAAUUUAAUUUGUAUUAUAUUAAAUCAUCUGUUUUUGUAUUAUAUUUUUUGGAAGUCUACCAGGGGUGGGAUGGUUUGGUGUGGGUUCUAGAUUUAUCUAAUUGUAUUCUUGAAGUUCUUUGCCUUUAAAAAAAGAAGAAGAAAAAAAAAGAAAACUCAAUAAACAGUUGUUAAAAAAAUGAAUAUGAGGUUUGGACAUGAAUGCAUAUAUUGUAUAUGUACACAUGGAAAUGUCAUUGUUUUAUAUCUUUAUUUUUAUGUAUAUUGUUAUGUUGUAUGGUGUAUAGAGAAGCCAAAGACAAAUAUCCACUUGUGGACAACAAAGAAACUUUCUUUCUUUCUUGAUCACCAAAAGGGGGUGGGAUUUAGAGAUGUGUUCUGGAGGGAAAUUCAGUGAUUGGCUUGAAAUCUUAACAGGAUGUCAACCAAUGGGCGACUAGAACUUUCGCUUAAAAGCAGUACCUCGAAACCUAGUUUUUCCAUUCUUUCAACACUAUUUAAAAGAACAGUUAUAACUGAAAGUAAAAAUGAGCGGAAGAGGCAAAACCGGAGGCAAAGCAAGAGCGAAAGCCAAGACUCGCUCAUCCAGAGCAGGACUGCAGUUCCCCGUCGGCCGUGUUCACAGGCUUCUCCGCAAAGGCAACUAUGCAGAGCGCGUCGGUGCUGGUGCUCCUGUUUAUCUGGCGGCUGUGCUCGAGUAUCUUACCGCUGAGAUCCUGGAGUUGGCUGGAAAUGCCGCUCGGGACAACAAGAAGACCCGCAUCAUCCCCCGUCAUCUGCAGCUGGCGGUGCGCAACGACGAAGAGCUGAACAAACUUCUGGGCGGAGUGACCAUCGCUCAGGGCGGUGUGCUGCCCAACAUCCAGGCUGUGCUGCUGCCCAAGAAGACCGAGAAACCCGCCAAAUCCAAAUAAACGGACUCAAAUCUGCCUUAUUGAAACCCAAAGGCUCUUUUAAGAGCCAC